AUAAUCAUCAGCCCAAGCCCAAAACGAAGCAGAAAAAAGGGAAGAUUACUGCACUCUUGCACCAGUUUGUUUGAACGGUUUGCUCAAUGGAAUGAAUCGAUUCUUCGAAUCUAUUAAUUGAAUCGUACAGACGCGUCAGGAGCCGCUAAAUAACGGUCGGCGCGCUGCACUGUUAGCAUUUGAGUAAUUAGCAAACUUUUGAUGGGACACGCAACUAGUUUGGUAAAGACAUACAGCAACAGGAACCCAACUGAGCUGUAAAUGGAGAUGGAAGACUCCAGUGAUGUGACCUACACCAUACCCUCACCAUCUGACCGCCGGCCAAGCACAGAGUCAGAACUGUGGCCGGACACCAAGUCUGAUUCAAAAAGCAGAAAGACCUCCACAUCCUGCCCAUCAACCUCUGUCUGUCUUAAAGCAGGGGAUGUUGAGCGCCUGACACCCGUGGGCUCAGGGAAGAGAACCAAAGUCUCUGUGAAUAAGUGCCAUGUCUGUAAGAAAGAGUUUAAAACCACCAGUGCCCUUAAAACACACUUCUUAAGCCACAGACAGGACGGGCCUCAAAUCUGCGGUGUCUGUCAGAAAGCAUUCAAACACCAUCAUCAGCUCACUUCCCACAUGAUGACUCACCACAAGAAGAAAACCUAUUACUGCACUCAGUCUGGUUGCCACAAACCCUACAAUGAUAAAAACUCCUUAAAACAUCACUGUGUCUCUCGACACGGAGUCUACCUUACGUCUCCUUCCUCCUCCAGCCUCGCCCCCUCCAGCUAUGACCUGCCGGCCUCAGUUUGGGAGCCAACGGCUGUGUCCGACUACCUCUUUACAUCUCAGCCGAAGCCAGUUGCAGCUCCUGUGCUUAAGGAUCCCAGUUACUCUGGAAAACUCUUCAGUUCUUAUGGCAGGGGAGAGCUUGGGAUGAGGCGGUAUGCAGAAGAUGCCCAUCCCUUUCAGCUGAAACAUUCAACAUGUCAAGAAAGCUGGACGUUAGCAUCUGCCAGUGAAUCGUAUAAGGUUGAAGACAGCAAUAAGAUGCUAAACUCCACCCAGUGGACCCUGGGUAUUGACGCUGUUGAAGAAAAUCCAGUGGUUUCACGGAACCCAUUUGAUGUCCAUGGUCUUGAUUUUCACGAAUCUUACCCUGAAGAAUUGAAAGAGAUGAUGUCAUUUCAGCCUAACAGAGAUGCACCUAUCACUAGCGUGGGUUGCCCUAUGGGGCCACAAGCUUCAGUUUGCCCCAAGCAGCAUCGUCCCAAACUGCUGAAACACAGUCUAAAGGAGCCCAGACCUCCCAACAAGUUAAAGCGACAGCGUACCUUUUCCAGUUUUAAUCAUUCCACUGUAUUAUACCCUGAACCAAAGAGUGAUUUUGACUGUAACCUUUCCGAUCCUGUACUUGCUUCUCCUCCUGCAACACUGCCCAACAGUAAGAAGAGGAAGUCCUGCUCUAAGGACGUCCUGUCUAAUGUUCCAGCUCCUCCUCUGCCUGUUCCUCAGCUCACUUGUCAUAAACGUUCACGAGCACGCUCUUCCUCCCUCGUCUCACCUAGUCAGGUGGCACUUGCAUCUUUCAGCACUUACCUCGGCAACCAACUUUUACAAAAGGAGCCAGUUAUGAUAUCAACAGGAGAAGAACCAAACUCUGGUUGCAGAACAUAUAAAAGAACUUCAUCUGUACGUGGAGCUCAAUCGCAGCCCUCAUGUUCUCAAGAAGCUCUCGCCUCUGGGGGAGCAAAGGAAGAGAAUAAUUCACAACCAUCCACCUCAACACAGAAUGAAAGACAGAAGGGGGUUUCAGGACAAAAGUCCAAAGGGACAAACCUGUCCCCACUGAUCAUGCCUGUGUCUGUCCCAGUCGCUGUGACAAACGUUUUAGUCCCUCAAGCCUCUACACAUCAUGCCGAGAGGUCACAGACUCGUAAAGGUGCAGCUAAGAGGUCUCAUCAUCUUGACCCUUUAAACUGCCUCAUCAUCCCUAGUCCAACUGUGCCUCGACUAUCUCCUCUACAAUGCACCAAUAAUAAGGAAACCCAGGACUUGCAGAGAAGCUGUGGCACGGGCGGUUACCCCAGCCAGCUGCGCUCGCCAAACUAUCUGACAGACCACUCACUGAGCCCUAGUUUUCAUCCCCCACCCUACACCCCUCAGCCCAUGCUGAGCCCUCUCCGUCCUGGGACAGGCCUCUACUCUAAAAGCCUACCGCAGCAUCAGCCAUGCCCAUCUCUACCCAGCACCCUCGAUGGUGUCUCCUACCCAACUGACAACACAGUCAUCAGCAUACAGCCGAGGAUUAACGUAGGUUCACGGUUUCAAGCAGAGAUCCCCCCAGUGCGGGACACACUGUACAUGCUGUAUGAAGAGCACCCUGCUCAACUCGUCUGGACUCCUUGGAAAGAUCUCUCUACCAACACAGAAACACAACAGAGGGUCACAGAGCUGUUAGACAUGUGCUGUUCCAGUGUGCUACCAGGAGGAGGCACCAACAUCGAGUUCGCUCUCCACUGCCUUCAUGAAGUUCAAGGAAGCAUAAUGGCAGCACUGGAUUUACUUUUAAUGAGAGGAGAUUUUCGGACCUCCUGGCACCCUCUGAAUGAUUACCACUACACAGGGUCAGACCACUGGACAGUGCAAGAGAUUAAAGUGUUCAAGAAAGCUCUGGUUGACCACGACAAGGACUUCCAACAGAUUCAUAAUGUUUUGCAGACAAAAUCAAUAGCCCAGUGUGUGGAGUAUUACUAUAACAUGAAGAAGCUGAAAAAGUUCAAGCAAUGUGUCCGAGCCACAAAUAAAAAGGAUGAAGGUGGAGGGAACUCUGCAUUCAGAUGCACACAAGAGCACCAGCCUGAGCAGAUAAACGGGAACACAGGACAGAAGACAACAGCUGCUCACAGUGAGAGAUGUGAAGAGCCACAGUUCCCCCUCUGUCAAGAUAGAAACUAUCUCAAGACGGCAGUGGACAAGCAAGAAGACUAAAGUGAACUGAAUUCCAAUCAGUAUUUCAUAAAAGAUCCUUUGUAAAGAGCUCAAGUGUGUUUUAGACUACAGUAAAUAUUCAACUCAUUGUCCAGUGAUUAAUAUGGACCUUGAAAUUAGCCCUAAUUGUAAUCCAAAAUAAAGUUCUCAUCAAAGGAAUAGCCAACUUUGUGUUUUCUUUUUCCAACUGUUUAUUUCUUGUUCAAAUUUUGAGAAGUGCACAAGGCACUAAAGUUAACAGUUUGAAGUUUUAGAAUGUACCAGACUGGUUAAUUUAAUAUGACAGGGUUUCAUAAAGGUUUAUUGGUUUUUAUUUUCGAUGUUUGUUCAACUGUUUGAGACAUUAAGUUUGGGUUCAAAAUUUUCUCUCAAGAUUUGUCAUUACCAAUUUUACAAUUCUACUGAUUUUUCUCUUUUCCAUUUUAUAUUAUCUACAAUCCAUGUGAUCUAUAAUAAAGUUAUUAAAUUGCAGUUUUUCUGUCUUAUGCCAUUAAAACAGCAGUUGAUGUCCAUGUAUAACAAUGUCAAUGCAUAACAUGUUUGCUGUUUAUUACAUUGUCAUAAGGUGUUUGGCUGUCUAAACAUUCCUUUGCUGUUCU